ACGCAACUUAAUGAACAGUAAGCGAUUGAGCUGCAAAAGAGUCGGAAGGUUGUUUGCAGUUCGAAUCGAAAUAAUAAAAAAAACACGUUAACUUAGUAAUUUUACGCAAUUUAGUGCAUUAAAUUUUACUUUUACUUGUUACCAAUGCCAAAAGUGUUUCAACUAUUUUUAGAUAAACAAAGUUUCAUUGAAGAUGUUACAAUUAUUCAAGCGUCCAUUUGUACUGACAAAUGUUUUGCGAAGUAGCGGAGUUUGGUCACAAAAUCGAUACUGUACCAAUAAUGUAAACAAAGAAAAUGUUGCAGGGACUAUGAGUGACGUGAAAGCAGAAAUUGCGAAAAAAUUGGGAAUCCAAGAAUAUUGGUCUGUGUUACCAAAAAAUCGUGAACAUUUAAUACAGUAUGAACCGAAAUCAAUUGACGAAUUACCACCACGUUCGAUGCAAGACUCUUUCACAUCGGCCAUUAUUCCACUCAGCAGCGAUUUAACCAUUCGUGAUAAAUAUGUUACCUUUUUGGGGAGUGUGCGCUUGGGGCGUCUCAUGGAAGAUAUGGAUGCUUUUGCAGUUUGGAUACUUCAUAAGCAUGUUCUAUUACCUAAUUUGGACCCAUCAACUCCACUUCCGUACACAUUUGUUACCUUGCUUGUUGACCAGAUCAGUUUUACCGAAAUCAUACCAAAAAAUGACUCUGACAUACGCUUAUCGGGGCACGCUAGUUGGGUUGGACGUUCAAGUGUUGAAGUCGUUGUCUGGCUCGAACAGAAAAUUCAGGGAAAAUGGCGAAAAUUAACAAGAGCUACAUUUUUAAUGGCCUGUCGAAAUGCGACAAAUACGGCUGCUGCAAUUGUCAACCCUUUAAAACCAGCCAAUGAUGAAGAAAAGAGAAUUUUCACGGGGGGCGAAAACCGUAAAAGAAGACGAAUCCAAUCGCAGAAGGAGUCAAUUUUUAAUCAAGAGCCUAAUGCAUUCGAGCAAAAGCAUAUUCAUAAUAUUUUUAUGAAAACAAUGGAUUUAAACAACAAAUCGUUUAACGUUCGAAAAAUUCCACCGGGUGCUAUGUGGAUGGAAGAUGCACAGUUGUCGAAUGUUAUUUACUCACAUCCGGAAGACAGAAAUGCUCAUAAUUCAGUAUUUGGUGGCUAUUUAAUGAGACAGGCAUUGGAACUGUCGUGGGCUUUGGUUUAUACUUUAAACAGAGGCAGAUGUCGAUUAAGAUGCAUUAACGACAUAACAUUUACACGGCCAGUACCAGUUUCAUCUCUAUUGAAAAUGCAUGCGCAUGUUGUAUACACCGACAUGAAUUACAUAGAGAUUGUAGUGGUGAAUGAGACAUACGAUGCUAUUUCGGCCGAGCACACUACAUCGAAUGUCUUUUAUUACACUUAUGUGAGCGAUACGCCAGUUCCACAAGUUAUACCCCGAAGUUAUAACGAAGCUAUGUGGUACCUUGAUGGACGACGUAAAUUUAAUGCAGCGAUGAAUUUAGAUGGCGGCAACGAUGUAAAAAUCGAAGGUCUAACAUUCCCACAAUAAGUCAGUUGUUUGAUUAUCAGAAAAGAUUUUAUUUAAAUUGUUGAGUCUCCCAAUAAUUAAACAAUAUUAACAAUAUACAUCCACAACAUUUGUCGAUAAUAAAUAAAGCUAUGAAAUUUUCAGUA